AUGGCUUCCACAGCUUCAAGAGUGCGUCAUAUGCAGAGAGUAUUGCCUCAAUUGAGGCACUACAGCUCCUCGUCCACGCCUGUCAAGAGGCUAGGCGUUGUGGGCGCCGGACAGAUGGGCCUCGGAAUAGCUCUUGUCGCUGCACAAAGGGCACAGGUGCCCGUUACUCUAGUCGACACUUCUCAAGCAUCUCUCGAUAAGGGGCUUAAAUUCGCUGACAAGCUUCUUGCCAAAGAUGUUUCCAAGGAACGCAUCACUCAGGAGCAGGCUGACCAGGCCCGCUCGAAUCUCUCACCUUCCACGUCCAUGGACCCUCUUUCUGAGGUUGACUUUGUGAUCGAGGCCGUGCCGGAGAUCCCCAGCCUCAAGUUUGACAUAUUCUCAAAACUGGCUCAGGUGUGCCCAUCUCACGCCAUCCUGGCCACCAACACAUCCUCGAUCUCUAUUACGCGCAUCGCUGCCUCAACAACAAAAGACCCUAAGGAUCUUUCAGCUAGCUCGCGCGUGGUCUCGACUCAUUUUAUGAACCCUGUGCCAGUGCAGAAGGGUGUUGAAAUCAUUAGCGGGCUGCAGACCAGCCAGGAGACUAUCGACCAAGCCAUUGCCUUCUGCAAGGCAAUGGGAAAGAUCCCAUCUGUAUCAGCCGACUCGCCUGGCUUCUUGGCCAACCGCAUCCUGAUGCCCUACAUCAAUGAGGCUGUCAUUUGCCUCGAGACAGGUGUUGGUGACCGGGACUCGAUAGAUGCCAUCAUGAAAAAUGGCACCAACGUGCCCAUGGGCCCAUUGCAGCUGGCUGACUUCAUUGGGUUGGACACAUGUUUGUCCAUCAUGAAGGUGCUGCAUGAGGAGACGGGUGACAGCAAGUAUCGACCAAGCGUGCUCUUGGGAAAGAUGGUGGAUGCCGGUUGGUUGGGCAAGAAGAGCGGGAAGGGCUUCUAUGACUACUGA